UUUUGAUCGGUAAAUAUAAAUUUUAUUGAUCAAAAUGAAAAAUGUAUAGAAAACUCCAAACAUAUACCUAGAAGGGAGACCAAAGCUCCCAAUCAAAACAAGUAGCGCCAGAAAUAGGAAAACCUCCAAGUAAAUACAAUCAAACCUGGACAUACCAGGCACCAAGGCUUAAAACAAGAUCAAAACUAGGAAAAGCCUAGGAACAAGUACAAUCAAAACUCCAAUUCUAUUAAAAUUUUCUUCCCUAAGAGAAUUAAAAGUUUGCCAUUUUUUUUUUUCAUUUACAAAUAUUAUUAAUACCUGCGCUCUUCAUUGGUCGAACUACUUGGCUGCGCGUCCGAGUCUUGGAUCUUCGAUGAGUCAUUGUCGUAACGCAGGAGCUUGAUUUUGCCUGCUUUGAUAUCCUGCAAAUCGCGAACCAAGAUUGCGUAGUGGCUCUCCACCUCCGCCCGAGUCUUUCCGGGGACAGUAGCGGCGAUCUUGACCCACCGGUCCGGCGUUCCUUCCGGGAAUAUUAGAAGUCCGUUCUCAAAUAUUUUGUUCUGGAGGAAUGUCCAGGUUGGAUCUCCUACGAUCGAUAUCUGACGGCGAUCCAUGGUCAAGAUUGCAGUCUUCCUCUCGUAGUCGUAGCUGAUCACUUUCUUUCUCUCUUUUUUUUUCUCGAGAAAUGAGUUUCUUGGAGAAAUGGAUUUUGGUGGGAAAUUUUAAAAAAAGUUUUACUUGGGGUGGAAUUUAAAGCCUUGCUCGUUGUGUGGGCCGGUGCCCAACUUUUCAUUACAAAUUCCCUACAAUUGGGAACAUUUAUUUCGGCUCUCCAACGCGCCCCGAUGGCGCGUGUAGUUCACAUACUCUUCACUGAUUUUCUCAAUUUAUUCUCGUCGCUCGGCUCCACGGGAGCCAUACAGCAAGGAAUUAAUCAUAUCAUAAUCAGUCCCUCUUCUCACACCGACUAGAGACAUCUCUUGCUCUGCCAAACCCUCCACGCUCCAUACACUCUUCAAUUUUCGCCAUUAGAACUCCUGUCUCAUCAGCCUAAUGGAGAGUGGGUUGAAGCCAAUGGAUGCUGAGCAACUCAGAGAGAAUGGUCAUAAGAUGAUAGAUUUUAUUGCUGAUUAUUAUAAAGCCAUUGAGGAUUUUCCAGUUCUUAGCCAAGUUGAGCCUGGAUAUCUACGGAAACUUAUACCUGAUACUGCACCUGAUAAUCCUGAAUCCUUGCAACAUGUUCUUGAUGAUAUUCAGGCAAAGAUACUGCCAGGGGUCACACAUUGGCAAAGCCCAAGUUAUUUUGCAUAUUUUCCAUCUAAUAGCAGCAUUGCAGGAUUUUUAGGAGAAAUGCUCAGUGCUGGUGUCAAUGUAGUGGGCUUUAGUUGGAUUACUUCUCCAGCAGCAACAGAACUUGAGAUGAUUGUCCUGGAUUGGCUUGCUAAAAUGCUUAAGCUACCCAAUGAUUUCCUUUCAACUGGACAAGGCGGUGGAGUGAUACAGGGCACUGCGAGUGAAGCUGUUCUAGUUGUGCUACUGGCUGCUCGUGAUAAGUUUUUGAGGAGAGUUGGAAAAAAUGUCUUGGAAAAGCUUGUCAUCUAUGCGUCUGAUCAAACACAUUCUGCUUUACAGAAAGCCUGCCAGAUAGGGGGAAUUCAUCCAGAGAAUUGUAGGCUGCUGAAAACAGAUGCAUCCACUAAUUAUGCCCUUUCUCCUGAUUUACUUAGCGAAGCAAUCUCACGUGAUAUUUCCAUUGGUCUAAUCCCCUUUUUCUUAUGUGCUACUGUUGGUAGUACUUCAUCAACAGCUGUGGAUCCGUUGCUUGCACUAGGAAAGAUAGCUAAGACUAAUGGAAUGUGGUUUCAUGUGGAUGCUGCUUACGCUGGAAGUGCCUGUAUAUGUCCUGAAUACCGGCACUACAUUGAUGGUGUCGAAGAAGCUGACUCUUUUAACAUUAAUGCACACAAAUGGUUUCUUACCAACUUUGAUUGUUCUGUGCUGUGGAUUAAGGACAGAAAUUCUUUGACUCAAUCCCUGUCUACUAAUCCCGAGUAUCUGAAAAACAAAGCUUCUCAAGAAAACAUGGUUGUAGAUUUUAAAGAUUGGCAAAUUCCUUUGGGACGCCGAUUCAGAUCAUUGAAAUUAUGGAUGGUCCUACGUCUAUAUGGUUUGGAAAACCUACAGUCUUACAUAAGAAACCAUAUUGAGUUGGCUAGACAUUUUGAAGAACUUGUUGCCCAAGAUCCAAGAUUUCAGGUUGUUGCUCCUCGUAGAUUCUCAUUAGUUUGUUUCCGGCUUGUAUCUCCCUUUGCCAAUGAAGACGCUGGCAAUAAACUGAACCAUGACCUAUUAGAUGCUGUAAACUCAACUGGAAAAAUAUUUCUUUCACACACAAUUCUAUCAGGAAACUAUAUAUUGCGUUUUGCGGUGGGGGCUCCAUUGACAGAAGAGAGGCAUGUUGAUGCAGCAUGGAAGGUUUUGCAAGAUGAGGCCUCGGCCCUGUUGCGAAGCUUGUAGAAUACAUUUGAUCCCUUGGUUCUCAUUUGUCUGGUGGAAAGCUCAUUAUUUUUUAAACUCAAAACGCCUUUAAUCUUCCUAUAAUAUUUUUCUUUAAAAUUUUGUAUGUCCUCGUUAAAAACUCAAGUUGUUAUUAUGGAUUCUUCUGGUUGGCAAAUUUGUAUCAGCCAGAAGUUUCUGUUGCUUGUCCUGGUCAUCAGCUAAUUGUUUUUUUCUUUCAAAUAUUAAAUUUUGAUAUUGUUGAACUGCUUGGGCAUCAGGCAUGGUGCAAGUGAUUCAUCACUGAAACAAAGGUCUUGAUAAA